AUUGAAAACAGCUUAUUAGCUAAACCAAACGGGCUCAUAAUCAACAGUGUUAAGAGUGACAUAAGCAUGAAAUUCUCGCACAAAAAUGCCACUUUGCAGACUCCAAUGGUUCAAUAACCGAAACGAGGCACAGUUGUCAAUUAUCUCAAUUGAUGUUUCUUCCCCUUUUUAUUGAUGGAUUUUCUGAAAUUGAUGGUCGCACGCAUUAUUUGUAUCAAUUUUUUUCACAAAUUUUGUAUUUUCCCCUACCUGUUUUAUCUCCACCUUAUGGGAUUUUCACUGCUCUUGCUCGUAAAAAUCUAAAAUAAGUCUGUGCUAUCUCCUCAUUUUGCUUACUGGAGUUGGUGCUAAGUUUGCUUGAUUUUGCUGGUAAAAUGGGGCCAUGCAAAGUUUUCAUUUUGACCAAGUGAUAUUGAGAGUCCGAACGGGAAGUAUACAACUACUCCCUCCGUUUUAAUUUAUUGCCUUACUUUCCUUUUUACUCCGUUCCAAAAAUAAUGUAUCUUUCUUUUUUUGUCAACUUUUUAAUUUCAACUUUUCAUGUGGCAUGUUUAAUUAAAGACCACAAGAUUAAAGAAUAUUUUGAUAUAUUCUACGUAUCUUUAGUUUAAAACCACAAAAUUCAAAAGUCUUUUUACUUUCUUAAACACUCCUCGUUGAGAGCAGUAAGCUACUCACAAUAAUGUUGUUUGAAUAUUUUUAGCACCGUGGUCACGUAGGAAAAUAAAGCCUUUUUUUUGGGAUGAAGUAAAUAAUUUUUAGAGAAUUCCAGGAGAUGCUUGUAGGGAGCUUAUGAAAGUCCCUACCUAAAUGUUGUAGGGAGCUUAUGAAAGUCCAUCAAAGCAUUUACAUUAUCCAAACUACACCAAACAACAAGAUUCAAAAUGUGAUUAGCUUCAGUAACUCCAUUAGAACACGGAACACCUCCUGUUCCAUUCCCUCCAUAAGGGCCAACACAAUGCGUUAUGGGAUGUAACAAACCUUUCGCAGUGGCUUUCGUUCAACUACAAUAUGUAUCUCUAAUGGGAUUUCAGCAAUACCACUGGAUCCCACGUAGAUUUACAAACAUAUUCUAUAUGUCAGUAGUCACUUCACAGUGUAGGAAAAGGAGAUUCUGUCGAUAUGAUCCCAGGGGUAUUGAACUGUGCAUAACUUUGGCCACAAGAUGCUCUAAGCAGCUGUUUGCUGUUUACAGAAACAAAGAGGAUCCUUUUUUCUCAGCUCCUUAACAUAGUGCGUGGGGUUGUUUCCUUGCCCGAUUUAACAACUAUUACUACUAUCACGCCUCAACCCGAACUAUUUGGAGUCGAUUAUAUAAAUCCUUAUUGACUAUGUCGCCGACUUAAGCUCGUCUCAAGUCUCAACCAAUAUAAUGCAAAACUAUCAAGAAUUUAAGAUUAAAUGUCUUUCUACCUUUUUUUUAAACAAAAAAAAAAAAAAAAAAAGAUUCAAAGUUUUUCUUCUAGCGUCCUUUUUGUGUGUGUGGAUGCUAUGGUGGUGUCGAGGGCAGCAUCCUUUCAGCUUUAAAAUGAAAGAUGUCUUGAAAUAUGGCAGCUGCCUCUGUUGCAUGUUCUGUUGAGGAGUACACUUGCUAGCAUAAUCAUUUGCAUCUUAUUUAGAUCAUUAAGGUAUGUACCUUGAAAAUAUCUAUGUGGUUCUUGAUGGUUGAAUUCUGAUAAGAAUGUUUAGUGUUGUAAUGUAUGCCUGCAUUCAUGUAUUGUUUCUCUAACUGUAGCCAAGUCCAUGCUUUUUAUCUGCGUGAGGAAGAGGCAUGCAUCAAUGGUUGAUUUUCUGGUGUGGAUGCUUUAUUAUUGCAGUGAAUGGCUGCCUUUUGUGUAUAGUUGGUCUUUAGCCUAGUAUAAGUCUUAUCUUCCCGCAUGUCUCUUUUUGUGCUAUAUAAGAAUGGUUAAUGUAUUACUCUUGCGAUGAAUCAUUUGGUGAUUAAAAUCUCGUGAAAACUGGAUUCUAGCGUUCUCAUGCUUGCAAAGGGCACUGCUAUUCACAUGUCUUUUCUUGUUCCUUUAUUUGCUUUACAAGCUCCUAUGGCACUUGUUUCAUGGAUCCAGUGUGAAUAUGGCAUUUGGUCAGCAUUUUUGGCACUUAUUAUUCGUCUUUUCUUCUCCUUUCCUGGUGAACUGGAAUUGUCAUUUAUAGCAUCGUUGAUGGUAAUUGUGGCUCCUUAUCAAGUUGCAAACCUAAGUUGUGAUAACUUAUUGUUGAGUUGAGAAAGGCUUGUAAUGCUUGACAUCAGUGGCAAGACCCUUGAUAGAUCCAGCAGCUGCAACAAGUGAUACGAUCAGGCAAGUCCAGCUUAGUAUUUUCAGCCAUACCCAUGUGA